CAUGGACUGACCCAGUGACCCUAGACCUUCGCGUUCUCGUUUGCGAGCCCCAAAAAUUCCUCCCCCCCCAAAACCCCCCGAACAAGAGAGAAUUCGGUGAAAGGAGGAGGGCAGCGGCGCCGGCGUCCACCUCGCAGCACCGGCGAGCUAGCCGCGGCAUCCAUGCUCGCGGGGAUCUGAACUAGCCGCCGCUGCCCCAUCGCGCCGACGACUGCGGCGCCGGCGUCCUCUCCUCAUAUCCCAUCCAUCCAAAGCACUCAUUUCUCCGUUUCCCACUUCCGAAACGCCACCUAAAAAGAGAGGGAAAGGAGAGCAUCGCAGUGACACACGCGCAAUGGAAGGCUCGCCGGUGACGCGCCUCCCGGAGGCUAACACCCUACCCGACGGCUUCGUCCCCGACGUCGAGAGCUCAGGCACGGACGCGGCUUCUCCCUCCUCCGCGCCCAUUGCUGCUGAUGCGCUCGACUCCGAUAUCCCCGCCGCGACCAACCCCGGCGGUGAGGAAACCCUAAGCGAUCUCUCCCUUCCUGCGUCCGCCGCCGAAGAUGCCUCCUCGGCCGCCGCUGCUGAAGCCUUGGGCACACUUUCUCUGGCCGCUGCUGCGGAGCCGGAACGCGCUCUAGGGGAGCACGGACCCACCGGCGCUGCAAGAGGUGAAGAAACCUUGAAGGAGAACUGCGCAUCAGAGCAAGUGGGUGCUCCAACUGCUCAAAAGGGGAGCGGUGAACCAAAACGCAAGGUUGGGAAGCGUAGCAAGCUCGAGAGGGACAGGGAGUUGUUUGAACUGGCCCAGCAAUACCACAAAGUGGUUGCAGAAAGGGAUGCAGCCAUUGUAGUCAAAGAAAAACUAGAAUCUCUUUGUAGGGAAUUUCAGCGUCAAAACAAAACGCUAAAGGAAGAGUGCCAAAGGGUAUCGACGGAGGGACAGAACAUGCGUAUGGCAUUGUCUGAAAAAUUUGAUAACGCCAUAAAGGGUGUCAGUGCCAAGCUUGAGGAGCAGAGAGUUUUGUCCAUUGCUCAGCUAGAAGAGAACAAUAUGUUGAGAAGUAAACUCAAUGACCUUGCUGAUCAAUAUAGCAUUACUCAGCAGAAAUAUGCUCACCAAUUGAAAGAGAAAACGCUGGAACUUGAGCUAGCUGAUCUGAGACUUCAACAAAAUCAAGAGAAGGCUGCUCAGGAACAUACCCAAAUGCAGUUGUAUGCUGAGCAAGUUGCUCAGCUUAUGACUACUGAGAAGAACCUGCGGUUGCAACUAGCUUCUGAUGGAGAUAGAUUUCAGCACUUUCAGGAUGCCCUGUCAAAAAGCAAUGAAGUCUUUGAAACUUACAAGCAGGAGAUGGAAAAGAUGAUUUCAGUGAUAAAGAAUCUUAAGAAGGAGAAUGAAUUUCUGAAGGGAAAAUGCGAGAACUCAGAUUUUGCUCUUGUGAAGCUCAUUGAAGAGCGCGAGCUAACGAAGAAGCAACUAGAGAAACUAAAAAAUCAAAAGGAGAAGCUUGAAUCCCUGUGUCGAUCACUACAGGCUGAAAGGAAACAAGGCCUCCGCCAGUAUCCCAGAUGCCCCUUCUAGCCAAGAAGAUGUGUCAGCGACAAGUCAAGAAUCUUAGCACUUAUGUGCUUGUCAAUACACCGUUGGUGCCAGCUACAGCUUGCCGAGAUUUCUGAAGCCUGAGAAAUGAAUAUGUUACUUGUAUCCUGUUUUGCUUGUGUUUGCGGAAGUUCUGGGCACAUUUAACACACACUCAGCUGUCAACCUACUGUCCACCUCAGGCCUUUUGAUACUGUAGCUAGAGCCUAGAGGUGCAUUCCUCUACAAGUAACUCGGUAUUGUUACCAAAGCAUAUAAGCUGUCAGCUGUUCCUUUUCUUGUUUUCGUUUGAGACAAAGGCUGUUGCUUUGUGGGUGUGUUGAUUCCUCUAAUCUUUUGUUCCUGUUUUGGCCUUAAUAAAUGGCCAUUUUGUACCAUGCUUUCUCGCAACUAUUGUGUUCAAAAUUAAAACAGCUUUAAUUUUGGAUA